AUGGCGUCGGAGGCCAAGGACGUGGGCAUCCUCGCCAUGGACAUCUACUUCCCGCCCAACUGCGUGCUCCAGGAAGAGUUGGAAACACAUGAUGGCGUGAGCAAAGGGAAGUAUACCAUUGGGCUUGGGCAGGAAAGUAUGGCAUUUUGCACUGAAGUUGAGGAUGUUAUUUCGAUGAGCUUGACAGUGGUGAAGUCCCUCCUGAAAAAUUAUAACAUUGACCCAAAGUGCAUUGGACGUUUGGAAGUGGGCAGUGAAACAGUAAUAGACAAGAGCAAGUCUAUAAAGACAUGGCUGAUGCAGAUAUUUGAGGAAUCUGGCAAUACUGAUAUUGAAGGAGUUGACUCUUCAAAUGCAUGCUAUGGUGGAACAGCUGCAUUGUUUAAUUGUGUUAACUGGGUUGAAAGCAACUCAUGGGAUGGGCGUUAUGGACUUGUUGUUUGCACAGACAGUGCGGUUUAUGCUGAAGGUCCAGCUCGUCCUACUGGUGGUGCGGCUGCUAUUGCAAUGCUGAUUGGACCAAAUGCUCCUAUUUCUUUUGAAAGCAAAUAUAGGGGAUCUCAUAUGGCCCAUGUAUAUGACUUUUACAAGCCCGAUCUUGCUAGUGAAUAUCCGGUGGUUGAUGGGAAGCUAUCACAGACAUGUUAUCUCAUGGCAUUGGACUCCUGCUACAAUGUAUUUUGCAAAAAGUACGAAAAGCAUGAGGGAAAGCAGUUUUCAAUUUUUGAUGCAGAUUAUGUUGUGUUCCAUUCUCCAUACAACAAGCUUGUACAGAAAAGCUUCGCUCGUUUGUACUACAAUGAUUUCUUGAGAAACUGCAGCACGAUUGAUGAAGAGUCAAGGGAAAAAUUGGCACCCUAUGCAGGCUUGUCAUCUGAAGAAAGCUACCAGAGUCGCGACCUUGAAAAGGCAUCUCAGCAAGUUGCAAAGAACCUGUACGAGUCCAAGGUUCAGCCAACAACAUUGAUCCCAAAACAAGUUGGGAAUAUGUAUACAGCAUCACUCUAUGCCGCUCUUGCAUCGAUUAUUCAUAAUAGACAUGAAACUCUGGCAGGCCAGAGGAUUGUUAUGUUUUCAUAUGGCAGUGGGUUGACAUCAACAAUGUUCUCUUUCAAGAUUAAUGAAGGCCAGCAACCUUUCAGUCUAUUGAACAUUGCAAACAUAAUGGAUGUUUCCAAGAAAUUGAAGGCAAGACAUGUGGUUCCCCCAAAGAAAUUUGUCGAGGCACUGAAACUGAUGGAGCACCGCUAUGGGGCGAAAGAUUUUGUGACCAGUCAAGAUACAAGUUUGCUAUCUGCAGGCACAUAUUAUCUCACGCACGUUGACUCCAAGUACCGAAGGUUCUAUGACGUGAAAGGUGACAUUGUCACCACUGCAAUGUCCAACGGGCACUAA